AUGGCAAGGCUAGAUCGUUGGGCUGAGUUUGCCGUUGUGAAUGGGGCAUACUCGCAGAUUCAGUAUUCUCGUUCUAGUAAAGCUCAUUUACUAUUGGCCCGAACCAAGCUUUUCGCCAAGGAAGGCCUUCUAAGCGAUAUGCGCGAGAGUGGUUUAAUGGAUCUGGAUAUUGCAUACGGAAUCCCCAUGUCGUGCUGA